AUGUCGACACGCCACCCCCGCUACGUCAAGCCCCAAAACGUCUCCGUGCCCGAAGGCCAGAUCUGGGCCGCCCACCUGCUCGUCAAGCAUAACGAGAGCCGAAACCCCUCGAGCUGGAAAGAGCCCCGCAUCACCCGUUCCAAGGCCGACGCCCGCAAGAUCAUCGAGGGCCACCGCGACAGGAUCAGGUCCGGAAGCGAUUCCCUCGGCGACCUCGCCAAGCGGGAGUCUGACUGCAACAGCGCCCAUAAGUUUGGCGACCUUGGCAUCUUUGGCAGGGGUGUCAUGCAAAAGGAGUUUGAGGAUGCUGCUUUCGCGCUCGACGUUGACCAGCUGAGCGACGUCGUGGAAACCGCGAGCGGUCUUCACUUGAUCGAGAGGUAA